GAUCGACAUGCCCCAGGUUUGAAGAAUUCGAUGACAGGCCUUCGCUGCAAAAGAUCCCGGAAUUGGUCGAUUCGGAAUCGGCUGGAUUGGAGGGAUCCGGAGCCACAAGGAUCUUCAACGGGUUCGAAAGUCGUCUUUUGUUUGAUUCCAGGCGGCCGGCCCAAUUCUAUGGAAUUAGCUAUAAGUCAAGCUUGUCGACUAUCAAAGGAAAGGCCGGUUCGAACUUUUCGAUAGGCCGAAAAGCUUCUACAGCUAGAGGGCGCGGGUCUAGCGGAAAGCGAGGAGCUCGCAACAGCUAA